AUGACCUUCCCCCAACUCGCUCAUCCUUCCCGCUCUCCCCUCAUCCUCCCCACUCUCCCCUCAUCUUCCUUGCUUUCCCCUCAUGCCCCCGUUCUUCCCUCUUGUCCCCGCGCUCCCCUCAUCUUCCCCGCUCUCCUCUCAUCUUCCCCGCUCUCCUCUCAUCUUCCCCGCUCUCCUCUCAUCUUCCCCGCUCUCCCCUCAUCCUCCCCGCUCUCCUCUCAUCUUCCCCGCGCUCUCGUCAUUCCCCCCUCUCUCCCUUCAUCCAACCAGGCCCCCCUUCAUAUUACUGCUGCGCUCUGUUGUUUUCUUCCUUCACGCCCACCCUCAUCUCCCCUUGUCUCACUCUGCUCCCCCUCUCUCCCCAUCCUCCCCUGUUCCCCGCUUUCAGACUCACCCCUCAUCCCCUUCCCCCUCCCAUACCUCAACUUCCCCCCUGGUGAUGCCUCGUCUCCCCCCACCCAUCCCCCUCCCCCCUCUCCCCAUCCACCCUUCAACUCCCUCCCCUCCCCUACCCCCGCUCCCUCAUUUCCCUCGUCUCUCACACCCCCCUCCACUCUUCCACAACCCAGCCACUCAAGCGCGGAAGGGGAUGAGGCGCGGAAAGGGGAUGAGGCGCGGAAAGGGGAUGAGGCGCGGAAAGGGGAUGAGGCGCGGAUUCCCCUGAUUCCCCUCCUUUCCCCCCCUGAUUCCCCUCCUUUCCCCCCUUCCUUCACCUCCUUACCCCCCUUGCUUCCCCUCCUUUCCCACCCUGCUUCCCCUCCUUUCCCACCCUGCUUCCCCUCCCUUCCCCCCUUGCGUCCCCUCCUUUCCCCCCUUGCUUCCCCUCCUUUCCACCCCUUCUUUCCCCUCCUUUCCCCCCCUGAUUCCCCUCCUUUUCCCCCUUCCUUCGCCUCCUUUCCCCCUUGCUUCCCCUCCUUUCCCCCUCUGCUUCCUCUCCUUUUCCCCCCUUGCUUCCCCUCCUUUCCACCCCUGCUUCCCCUCCUUUUCCCCCCUGAUUCCCCUCCUUUCCCCCCUUCCUUCACCUCCUUACCCCCAUUGCUUCCCCUCCUUUUCCCCAUUGCUUCCCCUCCUUUCUGCCCCUGCUUCCCCUCCUUUCCCACCCUGCUUCCCCUCCCUUCCCCCGUUGCGUCCCCUCCUUUCCCACCGUGCUUCCCCUCCCUUCCCCCCUUGCGUCCCCUCCUUUCCCCCCUUGCUUCCCCUCCUUUCCACCCCUUCUUCCCCUCCUUUCCCCCCCUGAUUCCCCUCCUUUUCCCCCUUCCUUCGCCUCCUUUCCGCCUUGCUUCCCCUCCUUUCCCCCUCUGCUUCCUCUCCUUUCCCCCCUUGCUUCCCCUCCUUUCCCCCUCUGCUUCCUCUCCUUUCCCCCCCUGCUUCCCCCCCUUUCUCCCCUUGCUUCCCCUCCUUUCCACCCCUGCUUCCCCUCCUUUCCCCCCCUGA